AUGAUCGUUAACAUAGAUACUAUAUCGAGGAUAGGCAAAGGCUCUCAACCAUCGAAUAUUGACUUAAUAGCAUGUCACAAUGAUUUCAUAGACUCCAUUGAUUGGGAGGAAACAGGUAUAGAUUUGGGGUCAGAUCAUCAGAUCCUAGAUUUUCAUAUAAACCUAAAACCUAAUAGCAAUAUAUUUUAUACAAUAGGAAACAAAACAAAUAGAACAAGCAGGCUUUAUAAAAUAAAUAAAAUAGACUGGAUAGAAUUUAGACUUCACUUGGCAAACAGAGAGGAAGAAAUAAAUAGCAGUAUUCAACAAGGACGCAACCUGAUAGAAAGAUAUAAUAACUGGAAACAACCAAUAAUCGAAUACUUUGAGGUAAGAAAUACAGACCACCAACAUCUUCAACAACACAGACAAAACAAAACGGCACGGAACACUAACUUACGAUCAUCAAACAAUAGAAAUAAUGUACAAUGUAAAACCCAACCCAGAUGGUGGGAUGAAGAAUGCACCUCUACAUGGUCCACAUGGAAAAAGUACCAAAAAAAUCUUUGGAAACAUGGCAAAAUCGAGGACUAUGAAAAUAUGGUUGGAUGGAAGACCAGAUGGAAGAUCUUAAAGAGGGAAAAGAAGAAAACUGCCUGGGAAAAUCUGAUACAGGAAAUGAACAACAAUACAAAUCUCACAAAAAUUUGGAAUAAAAUAAGAGGCAUUAAAAAACGGUAUACAGAAAAUAGGGACAAUCUGGAAAUAAAGGUAAGAAAAGAAUUAGAGGACACAGAAAUAAAUAAAAUUAUAGACAACAAUGUAACUUCAACAUCCAUCUUAACCCACACAGCACAAAUACUACAAGAAGAAGAUAACAAUUACACUAGAAUUUGGAAUACAACAAUAGACAAGAUAGAGAUGCUACAAACAAUAGAAAAAAAUAAGAACAAAAAGUCAGCACCAGGGGUAGACGGCAUAGAUUAUAAAAUAUUGGCAGAACUACCACUACACAUGAAGAACCAUCUACAUAAAAUAUUUGAAGAGAGUUGGAAUACAGGAGAAAUUCCCCCAGAUUGGAAAAAAGGCGAAAUAAUAAUGUUACAAAAACCGGGGAAAAAAGCUUUACGCCCAAUCACUCUCACGUCGUGUGUAGGCAAAACAUUAGAAAGGAUCAUAAACAAUAGACUACAGUUAUGGCUAGAAGAAAAUCAGAAAUUAGAAAACAAUCAAGCAGGCUUCAGGAAAAAUAGGUCAACAAUGGAUAACUUAAUACGAAUAACAAACGAAAUAAAACAUAAUAAUAGACAAAAACUCAAUACAGUAGGUAUCUUUGUAGAUAUUAAAGGAGCAUAUGACAACGUGAAUCUGGUCAAACUUCUACACAUCCUAAAAAUGAUUAACUGCCCUUCAACAAUGUACAACUGGAUUAGGACCUGGCUUUCCAAUAGAAAGAAGAAAAUAGACGACGAACGCACCUUUACACUUUUGUACGCAGAUGAUAUAGUCAUAGUAAAUAAAUAUAAGAAGGAAGAGACAUCACUACGCCCAUCGGAAAUAGCUCUAAAGAGAUUGGUAGAUCAUUUAGAAAUAAGAGAUCUAACAAUAGCACCGGAAAAAACCAAAAUUAACGCACUUCGAGGAUAUUGUACACAAGGCAAAAAAACGGUUAGGGAUUAUUCAGUACCUAUGCAGAGGACAGAAAGGUAUAAACCAAAAUUGGGGGAUUAG